UGCGCUUCUGUUAUGUGUGCCAUGGUCUCAACCCAGCAGUGUUGACAAUAGGGUGAAAAGAAACAUCCCCGAAUCAUAAACGAGCUAAGGAAAAUACCACAAUCCAGGGGUUUGGGGAAGACAAGCAAUUGAAUCAGUAAUAGGAAUGUAAUUGCGUUAACAUAAUCGUUUUAUAUAGUCGUAUUUUGUUAUUAAUGGGAGUUUGAGGAUUAUUCCGUUGGAAGGAAAAAGGUACUCGUGGGUUUGGCUGUUUCAGGCCAAAUUUUCCUGCUGUUCCGCCGCUGCUUUGGAAAGGCUGUUUGCACCGAGCUGGAGGUAGCAUAACAGUUAGCCCGAUAGAUUUCCAAACAUAGGAUAACUCCUCGCCGCCGUCUCCGUUGCGAACCGCAAAGGAUCAAGGUAAAGUACUACAAUUGGAGGGCAACAGCCAGUCGGUCGGCUGCAGCUUGUCGGGCUCGGGUCGGGACUCGGGACGGUGUGUGUUUCCCAACCCAGACGGUCUGUCAGUCUUUGAGCGCUAGCUAACGGUAGCAGCAUUAGCACUGCCCCCUGUAUUUACAUCUGGGAUGAUGGGUGAUCGCCCAAGUCCGCCCAGCAGGGCUAUGUCCUCGGCAGCCACCACAUCUCCAUCUGUGGACAAAGUGGACGGAUUUUCACGGAAGUCUGUCAGGAAGGCCAAGCAGAAGCGGUCACAGAGUUCGUCCCAGUUCCGCUCUCAGGGCAAACCCAUAGAGCUCACGCCCUUGCCACUGCUCAAGGACGUGCCGGCGCCGGAGCAGCCGGAGCUGUUCCUGAAGAAGCUGCAGCAGUGCUGUACCGUCUUCGACUUUAUGGACACGCUGUCUGACCUCAAGAUGAAGGAGUACAAGCGCUCCACGCUCAACGAGCUGGUGGACUAUGUGACCGUGAGCCGGGGCUACCUGACAGAGCAGGCCUACCCUGAGGUCGUCAAAAUGGUGUCUCACAACAUAUUCCGGACCCUUCCGCCCAGCGACAGUAAUGAGUUUGACCCAGAGGAAGAUGAGCCCACGCUUGAGGCCUCCUGGCCUCACUUACAGUUGGUAUACGAGUUCUUCAUCCGGUUCUUGGAGAGUCAGGAAUUCCAGCCCAGCAUUGCCAAAAAGUACAUAGACCAGAAGUUUGUCCUACAGCUCUUGGAGUUGUUUGACAGCGAGGAUCCUCGGGAGAGAGACUACCUGAAGACAGUCUUGCAUAGAAUCUACGGCAAAUUCCUGGGGCUGAGGGCUUUUAUACGAAAACAGAUCAAUAAUAUUUUUCUACGUUUUGUUUAUGAGACGGAGCACUUCAACGGGGUGGCUGAGUUGCUGGAGAUCCUGGGGAGUAUAAUCAAUGGUUUCGCUCUGCCACUGAAAGCGGAGCAUAAACAGUUUCUGGUCAAAGUGUUGAUCCCCCUCCACACUGUCAGGAGUCUGUCCCUCUUCCAUGCACAGUUGGCGUAUUGCAUUGUACAGUUCCUAGAGAAAGACCCAACAUUAACAGAACCAGUCAUCAGAGGCUUACUGAAGUUCUGGCCAAAAACCUGCAGUCAAAAAGAGGUGAUGUUUCUAGGGGAGCUGGAGGAAAUCCUGGAUGUCAUCGAACCAACGCAGUUCGUCAAGAUCCAGGAGCCGCUCUUCAAACAGAUCUCCAGAUGUGUCUCCAGCCCACACUUCCAGGUGGCAGAGCGAGCUCUGUAUUACUGGAACAACGAGUACAUCAUGAGUCUGAUCGAGGAGAACUCCAGCGUCAUCCUGCCCAUCAUGUUUGCCAGCCUGUACAGGAUCUCCAAAGAGCACUGGAACCCGGCGAUCGUGGCGCUGGUGUACAACGUACUGAAGGCCUUCAUGGAGAUGAACAGUACCUUAUUUGAUGAGCUCACAGCCACUUACAAGUCAGACCGCCAGCGUGAGAAGAAGAAGGAGAAAGAGCGGGAGGAGCUCUGGAAGAAGCUGGAGGACUUGGAGCUGAAGCGGGGCCUUAGGAGCGACGGGAUCAUCCCGACUUAACGAAGACAGCGCCGCGCUCCCCUUCAGCCCCUCCCCCCCUCCUCUCCCCCUGUGACUCCCCUCCUCCCCUCCAUCCUUACCCCGGCUCCCCCUCCCUCCCCUCCUCCACAUCAGCCAUGUCUGCCCAGAGCUCUGACAUCCCCGACACGGGUCAUCGUCUCUGGAUCGACACGGAGCAGCCGCUGGUUUCUUAAUCGUUUUUUUUUUUUCUUAUGUUUUUUUUUCUCCUGUGUUUGUGCGACUUACUUUACAGUAGAUUCAUCACGUCUGUUUUCAUUAUUUCAACAGCACUGUAAAUAAUUAUUUUUUUCUUUUUUUCCCUUAAACUGAUAUUAUUGCAAACGGAUAAACAAAACAAUAAUAAUAAAAAAAGGACGAAAAAAAUAGAAAAUGAGAAAAUGACUUGUGUGGGAGGGGAAUUCAAACAAAAAAACUUUUGGACUGUAGGACAUGAAGCGAACUCUUUGAAAAGAAAAAAAAGAGAAGAUAGAUUGAUUUUAACUCUUCAACCCACUCUUCUUCAGUGCAGUCCUGUAUGUAAUUUUUAUUUUCCGGGUUCUCCUCUUUGCUUUUCCUCUCGUUUUGCUUCCAUCUCUGUUCCCUCCUCUCGAAUGGUGCAUCUGUCAUUUCUGCCCUCCCCCCCGUGUGGGACGUCCAGACUGAUAACCCCGCCCCCUCCCCUCUCUGACCCCGCCCACGUGGCUACAGGUUCUGUUUCCUGGUUUGAACAGGAAAAAAAACGCAUCUAAAAACCACAACAGACUUUCUCAGUACACACAAACGUCUCCUCUUUGAGUGCGUUUACAUGCGUGUUCAACAAUGAGUUAUUGUUUACUUUAGUUGUGAAUUUUUGUGCUCAUUAUGUUUAUGUCUUUACCCUUUUCACCCUCAGUGUACAUCACUAAUUCCCCCAGGAUUUAUAUCUGGAAAAGUACCGAAACUGUAACUUAAUCUUUGCAUGAAAAGGCAACAGAAGUGUUGGUUUUACUACUAGAAACUCUGUUUCCCGUGGCUGCUGAGCGGUUUUAAUGCAUCACAUAUAAGAUAGAGCUGACAUAAAAUUACCAACUGUAAAACUCAUUGUUUCGUGUAAAUGUAAAGAACCCCGGGUGGGAAUGGUGGACUCUGCCAGAGUGCCUCUGCCUCGGCUUCUGCUCUGCUGUGGGGCUCUGAAAUAACAAAAGUAAACCACAACAUGCAUAUGAGAGUUUUCUCUUUACGUUGACGCCAUCAGCAGCGACACACACACACAAAAACUGAAAUCAAAAAAUCAUGGUAAUAACCUGAAAUAUCAGUCAGUAUCAGCCAUUAAACGUCUUGCAGCCUUUUAAGUAACUGACGCAGCAAACUAGGGGAAUAAAGUAAGUAUCCUGAACGCGCACAUAAUCAAUUUAAAGGCAGAAUGAGCAUAAGUUUAAGAGAAAAGAAAACAGAAAAGUAACCCCUCCCCACCACCUCUCCGCCCUCCUGUGGUUUAGUUUUGUGUUUCUGGUCGUUGGCCGUUGGGCGGUGAGAUAGAAGCAUAUCGGAUGAUAUUUCCCAACUCGUUCUGGCCCAUCACUGAUGCCACCUUCAUAUCUAACAAUGCUGAUAUCUUAUUUCAUGAUGCUGCGCUGAUAUUAUCAGACGCCUUGUAGGUUCACUGGGCUGCGAUUUGGCUGUCAGGGUCCUGAGGUGAACCUGUGGUGUCGUAGAACAGCGUCCUACUCGCUCUGCCUUUUAAUAUGAUGUUUUAAGUGUGUCGAUCCCAAACGCUCCGCACGUAAACGCACUCAGUCCAUCUCCUCCUCUAAAAACGGCGGCUUUUCAUCACUUGAUUAUUAUUCUCCCUCCUGUCAUCUUCUGUCUUUUGUUUGGUUUUUCUUCUCCUUUCGCUCCUCCCUGCCUCCUUACCUGUCACACCAGGUAUCCCUCGUAUCAGUCUGGCACUGGUACCCUGCAGCCAUAACGGGGACUUCACAGAUAAAAACAAACAAAAAAAGGUCGUCAGAGGAGCGCCAAAUAUCUUCCUCCCUGUUGUGAAAAGACGAGCGCCCCUCCUCGCCUCGCCUCACCCCGCUCCCCCUCCCCCAGGCCACCAGGGGGCGCCGCGUUGACUUCACAGUAUUACAACAACAACAGUGACAAAAAAAGACAACCCUGUACAUUGUUAUUGAAUGCAGUACACUGAUAAUCUUGUAUCUUGUAGUAAUUUAGCCUAUGUUUUUUUGCUUAGGACUCUGUGGAGAGGAGUAUCCAGUAUAUAAAGAGGUAUUAUGGAACAAGACUUCCUGGUAUUUAUGAUAGUGUUCCCCCCCGUUUCAGUCUGCUUUUUCUUUUCUGUCUUUCACUCCUCCCUCUUGGUUUUUAUCUCAUUUUGGAUAUUUUGAUGAAGUUUCUUUUGACCAUUGGAUAUAUUUUUUUUAGUUGGGGAGGGAGGGAGGGGAGGGGAGGGCAGGGAGUCAGGGGUCAGAGGGGGGAAGGGGGGAGGGGGUAGAGAGGGAAGGCCUGGAGCAGACCACUUGGCUCUGAUGGGAGUGUGAGAGUGAACCUCCCCCCUCCUCCCUCACAGAAUUAAUGUGUGCUUUAGAACGGCCCAGAUAUAAUAUGAUUUAAAAACUGAAAAAAAAAGAUAAAAAAGGGUUGGAGAAAUACAAAUGUUUAAUUAUUUUAAAAAAUAAAGAGAUAUUAAAUUAAACCUGUUUUGUGAUAAAGCCCA